AUGGCAAAGAAAACCAAAGUAGGGAAACAACGGAAAGAUAAAUAUUAUCAACUAGCCAAGGAAACAGGUUUUCGUUCACGUGCUGCUUUUAAGUUAAUUCAACUCAACAGAAAGUUUGGUUUUCUUCAAAAGUCUCGAGUAUGUAUCGACUUGUGUGCAGCACCCGGUGGAUGGAUGCAGGUGGCCCAUCAAAACAUGCCACUGUCGAGCAUUGUCAUAGGUGUAGAUUUGUUUCCCAUAAAACCUAUUCCUGGCUGUAUUAGUAUAACUGAAGAUAUAACAACAGAGAAGUGUAAAUCAGCUAUAAAAAAAGAAAUUAAAACCUGGAAGGCUGAUAUUGUAUUAAACGACGGUGCACCUAAUGUUGGUUUAAAUUGGAUUCAUGAUGCAUACCAACAAGCUUGUCUUACCCUUAGUGCCCUUAAAUUGGCUACAAAUUUCCUAAAACAAGGGGGUUGGUUUGUGACUAAAGUAUUUAGAUCGAAAGACUACCAUGCCUUGUUGUGGAUAUUAAAACAGUUUUUCAAAAAGGUUCAUGCUACUAAGCCUCAAGCAUCUCGUAAUGAGUCGUCUGAAAUAUUUGUUGUGUGCCAGGGCUACAUUGCUCCUGAUAGCAUUGACCCCAAACUAUUAGACGCCAAGUAUGUUUUUGAAGAUUUGGAAAUUGUCAAAAAACACCAUGGUAAUCUUCUUCACCCUGAGAAACAAAAGAAGGCAAAAGCAGAAGGUUAUAAAGAGAAUGAUUAUACAACACACCAUAAAGUAAUGGUGUCGGAGUUUCUUGCUAAAGAUGAUCCAAUUGAUUUACUUCAAGAAUGUUCAGAAAUUGUUAUUGAUGACCAAGAUGUGGAAAACCAUCCAAAGACUACUAAAGAAAUAAAAGAGUGCUGUAAAGAUAUUAAAGUUUUAGGUAGGAAGGAUGUAAAGGCUUUAUUAAACUGGUUGAAACAUGUAAAGGAAUCAAAAAAGCCCCAAGACACACCCCAGGAUAAGAAAGAUGAGACGACUGAAGAAGAAGAAAAAGAAGAUGCUGAAGCUGAUGAAGGUGAAAAGGUAGAACAAGAAAUAGCUGAACUACAGGGUGAAGAAAAACGUUUAUUAAAACGGAAAAGGAAACAAUUGAACAAGCAGAGGCAGAAGUUGGCUGAAAAAAUGAAUCUUAAAAUGGUAUUAAAAGGCGAUGAUGGUCCGAUCUUGGAGAGCAAUGACAUGUUCAGAUUAUCUGAUAUUAAGGACGUUAAGCAAUUAAACAUGGUGGUGGAUCAAGCUCCAGACUUAGUAGCAGAGGAGAGUGAUUCCGAUGAUGAAGGAAAAGUAAAACAGAAGUACAUGAAGUACGAUGUGGAAGAUUCUAAGCUUGACUCUUCAGGGCUAUACUAUAAAGAUUCAGAUAGUGAACUUGAAAUGGAGACAGAUUCGGAAAAUGAAGAGGAUAAGGAAUCACUAGGCUUUUCGGACUCUGAUGAUGACUCAAAGAAAUUAGACAAACUAACAAAGUUGAAUACUCUAAGAAACAGCAACCUCAAAGCAGCUCCAGUUAAAGCUAAAAAAAAUCCCCUACUCACUGACUUAGACAACACAGACCCUGUGUCGAGAAGAUCUGCGAAAGCUGAGCUUUGGUUCCAAAAAGAUAGUUUUAAAGAAAUAAAUGACGAAGAUGAUGAAGGCGUGGACUUAGAUAAAUUGGCAGCUACGUUUAAAGGGAAGGGGAAGAAAGUGACCGAUGAUACGCAGUUAGAUAAACAGACUGGUAAAACGAAGAAAAGUGAUAAUGAUAGCUCCAGUGAGUCUGGUGAUGAUAGUGAUUAUGAUGUGGAAGAGAAUCUGGCACCAAAUGUCAACAAAGCAGCAGCAGGGAGUAAUAAGGAAAAGAAGGAUGGGUUUGAAGUAGUCUCACAAGAUCCAGAAUUAAAAAGAUUAAAAAAAUCUUUGAAAAUGGACGCAGAAACAUUAGCACUCGGAACAAUGAUAGCGACAUCGAAAAAGUUUAAGCGCGAUCUCAUCGACGAUGGCUGGAACCGAUAUGCAUUCAAUGAUAAGAAUCUGCCUGAUUGGUUUGUGGAAGAUGAAAAGAAACACAUGAAAAAGGAGGUUGUUGUACCAGAGAAAUUCACUGAAGAAUAUAAAAACAGAUUACAAGAUAUAAACGCGCGACCGAUAAAGAAAGUAGUAGAGGCUAAAGCGAGGAAGAAGAAGCGCAUGAUCAAAAAGAUGGAGCGUGCGAAAAAGAAGGUAGAGGCCGUGAUGGAGAACGCCGAUAUGUCGGAACGGGAGAAGGCCCAGCAAGUUAGACAAUUGUACAAGAAGGCGCAAGCAGAUGUCAAGAAGAAGGUGACGUAUGUGGUGGCUAAGAAACACACUACAGCGAAGCGCAUGAAACGGCCGAAUGGAGUAAAGGGACACUACAAAGUGGUGGAUCCGCGAAUGAAGAAGGAUCUGCGUGCGCAAAAGGCGAAAGAGAAGACAAAAGGCCGCGGCAAGAAGAGUAAGACAGCGAAGCCCAACAAAAGCAGACCUGCCAAAAAGAAAGGGAAGAAGGCGAAAUGA